CAUUCGCGGACUGCACAUCACGAUAUUCACUGCCUGAGUUGAAAAUGGAGUUCGAAUAAAGCAGAUGUCCAGCAACUUCUCGAGGAGAAUCGAGUUUACGUUUUUUCAUUUUUAUUAUUCAGUCACCUAACUGAGAUUUAUUGGAACCUUUUUCCACCUUUGGAGGCUUUACUUAGAUAUAGAGAGACACGUUGACGAAGCAACACUGCAGCGCUUUUCAAGUGUUGUCCUGGACCUGAAGUUGGCGAGGGGAAUGCGCGAUAGCCAUGAAUAACGGGCCGAAUGUUGUGUGUAAUUUCUUCAUUCUUUAGCAUCUGGUCGCAUUGGAAUUGAUGUUGCUGAAGCGGAUGAAGAAGAUGUACAAUUUGUGGUGGUCGGAUUUUACUUACAGGGAAGAUAAAAUGAAUCAUCGGCUGUCAUUCCUCCUCGCAAUUUAGUUACCAGCCAGCGAUCUACUUGGUUUCCAGAAGGGAGCUUUGCGAUGCAUGCACCAUUAUAGACCAUUUACUUUUAUCCAGUAGCUUAUAGUGAUAUUUUAUGUUAAAGAAAAUGGUGAUAUUUGCGGUAUAUUUCCCCGCUGUCACUGCGUCGUCGAUGCUAUUGCCAGGAUUUGGAUUCCCGUGAGAAAAAAUGAGCGAAGAUUCGACAAAUCCUAACAACGAUAACAGUUAUGCGCGUGUGAGAGCAGUGGUCAUGACUCGGGACGACUCGGGGUGGCUCCCCCUGGGGGGCGGAGGCCUCAGCUGCGUGACCGUCUACAAGGUGAGCCGGGGGGGCGAGGACAGCAGCAGCACGGGCAGCCACAGCCCCAGCCACAGCCCCAGCCACAGCCCCAGCCUCAGCCUCAGCCCCAGCCUCAGCCCCAGCCUCAGCCCCAGCAACACCGACUUCCUAAUCAAGGGGGAGCGCCUCAAAGAUAAAUCGAACUCUGGCCAGGAUGACCAGGACACACUGCUCUCUGCUCUGGAGUCUCGUCCAACUGUCUGGACGCCUCAACUUAGCCGCCGCGCACACUGUUGUCCGUCGUUCGGGGAAGCAGACGUUCCGGAAGAAGGUGUUCAGGUGUGUGAGGAGCCCCCCUCAGUCCGCACCCCCCUGAAGGAGCCCUUCUCGCCCCUCGGAGGGGUGGUCUCCACCGAGCCCUUCCGAGGCUGCUAUGUCCGCGCCCAGCCUUUCGAUGACUUCCCAUCCAGCAACCGACGCUACCUGCCCCCACAGGUGUCCUUCAAGUCGACCCGCCACGUGAGUUUCCAUAUGGACGAGGAGGAGAUUGUGCGGAUCAACCCCCGAAAGGACGUGCACAUCCGGGGCUACGAGGACUACCGUCACCCGGUCAUGUGGAAGCAGGAUGUGGAGAGAGACGAUCCAGACUUCCCCACCGCCUUCCACAAACUAGACAGCAAGAAGUGCGAGUACCUCUUCCCCGAGGGCCCUGGUGGAGAGCCCCACUCUGGCCCUGGCAUGGGCAUGGGCCCCACCCUGGGGCUGGGGCUGGGCAAAGACUCGUCGUCCUCCAUCAAGACGCAGCCCUCGCCGCUGCUCAAGUCCAAGAAGGGACGGCGGCGGCGGGAGGACGGCGAGCGCUCGCGCUGCAUCUACUGCCGGGAAAUGUUCAACCACGAGGACAACCGCCGGGGCCAGUGCCAGGACGCGCCCGACCCCAUCAAGCAGUGCAUCUACAAAGUCAGCUGCAUGCUGUGCGCCGAGAGCAUGCUCUACCACUGCAUGUCCGACUCGGAGGGCGACUUCUCGGACCCGUGCUCGUGCGACACGGCCGACGAGCAGUUCUGCCUGCGCUGGCUGGCCCUGGUGGCGUUGUCCUUCAUGGCUCCCUGCAUGUGCUGCUACCUGCCGCUGCGCGCCUGCCACCACUGCGGGGAGGCGUGCCGCUGCUGCGGGGGCAAGCACAAGGCCGCCGGGUGACCUCCAUACCCGGGCCCACACCACCACCCUCCCAGGUGAAGCCCCGGCACAGCUAGCUAAACACAGGAAGCGGAUAAAAGCGGAAGAGAAAAGAAGCCGCCAAUCCUUUUUUUGUCAUUCCCCUCUCCAGAUGGGGGUGACAUGUUGUUGAUCCCAGCUCUGAGGGGCGUCGGGAGAUUUGCGUUUGCGUCCGUAGCCACGAGCAACGGAGGACAAACCCUCAGCCUUCGCUAGGCUCACAGGAGGUGUUAAGUUCAGGAGCUUAACGUGAGGAGGAAGAGGCGACACGAUUAACAGACUUGGAGAUAUUACUAAACACACUCACACAGACACAUGUACAAAACACACACGUGCUCACACUCGUACAUAUACAGAAACCAGGCCACCAAGUCAGACUCUGCUAUAGGUCAUGUGUAACUUUAUGAAGGAGUAUCGUCUUUUGUACAGGGAGUGAAAACGACACGAUUAAUCAAAAUUUAAAAAAAGAAUACAAAACUAUUGUCCGUAAAGAAGAAAAAAAAACGUACUUGCUGUUUGAGUAUGCUAAAAGGGAUAUGUUCUUGCUUUUUGUGAAUUUGAAGUUGGGUAACAGUGGCCUUUCCUUCUCAACUCAAGCAUUUGCUGACAGUUAAUGAUUAGACAGAGAAAGUGCACUAGACAUGGUACCCCCCCCCCCACCCCACCCCACCCUUCUUCUAAGGUAACCUCCUUCUAUUCUAAUGGUACAUUAACCCCUUGAGCGUCCAUAAGCUACUUUUUACAGUUCAGAGAUGUCGCUGUGUUGUUUUCGCUGUUUAUCGAAUGAAAAAAUAAGUAUAUAACACCUUAUAUUUUGCGAUGGUACAGUCUGACAUAACUUUUGACAUUCACUUAGACGUUAGAAUGGUUUAUUGUAUUGGCACCACAAUUUAGACUGUUUAAUUACAUUCUGUGAUAAAGGGAUCAAUUCCAUGAGCAGAAGGGAAUGACAGGGAUAGAUUUGCGAUCCUCCAUCCCCUAAAACACUUUUAAAACAAAUAACAUGAACGCAUCUUAGAUUACAGUACCUGAGACAAAUAUGUCCAUGUACUUUACCAGAAUUCAAUUAGUUUGACUUUUCACAUUUGCUUCAUGUUAAAACUGGUGUUUUUGUUUAGUUUCACUUUUUUCUUCCUUUUUUGCUCCUGCUAAUUUUCUUGUCAUUUUGAACGUAAAGCUGAAGUUUUGCUCAACCAGCAAGUUUUUAGUUCAACUUAGGUGAAUACGGGGAUUUGUACAAUAUAACCUUUUGUAGAAUAAUGAGGCACUUAAAUUUGACUAGUUCUCAAGGGGAAAUAAUUCUCCAUCUUAGAAUCAGUCUGCAAUCCGAAAUCACCAAGUAAACACAAAUUAUGAUAUAAGAAAAGCCCACUUUGAAAGCACUGGUCUGGUCUCCAAGCUUUGGUUCCAGCUCCCUCUCUAAAUUCCAAAAGUCCUGUCUGUCUGUCUGUCCUAUGUUAUGCAUUGGUAUGGAAGAUGAAAACCUGCUGUCAUUUUAGAAGGUCACCCUGGGUCCACCGUCUGACCGUGAGCCACACAAGCCCAGUGGAGCGUCAGUGGGUCCACCGUCUGACGGUGAGCCACACAAGCCCAGUGGAGCGUCAGUGGGUCCACCGUCUGACGGUGAGCCACACAAGCCCAGUGGAGUGUCCGUGGGGGCAUUGUCUUCCCUGUCUCUUCAGGAUGUGGGUGGGUGUUUCUGUAUGCACAUGCAAGGAGAUAUACAUGGUGUUCUAACUAGACUAUCUUUUAUUGACUCAUAACAAUUCUGACAAGAUAUUCGCCAGAGGUAUAAUAGGUGGAUAGCUAGCCCUGGUCGGACCCCAGUUUAAUAUUCCCGGAACAACAAAAUCAAUUGUUCAUGACUUAAGUGCGAACACAAAGACUGUGUUUUUCGGAAUUGGUAUUCAAUUCCUGUUCAAAGUAAUUACACGAAACGAUCACCAUUUCUAAUUAUGGGCUCUAUAAAACUACAGCCAUGUACUGUUGCCCAUAGAUAUGCAUCCCCUCCCCCCUCCAUCCACACCUGGAAAACAGGAAGUGACAUGCAGCCUGUUCUCCUGGCUGGAUGAGAGGCAAGGGGGAAACCACUUCUUCCCAAUUCCAGCUCUACUAUGCCGGGUCUGUGGCACCAACCCUCAUUACUUUCUAUGCAAACUAUAUUUACCAUAGGAAACACAUAGACCUCUUUCCAGAGUCCCUAUAGAUAGUGACUGGGACACUUUGACGCUAGCUAGCUUGCUAGGUAGGCAGGAAGGUAGGUAGGUAGGUAGGUAGGUAGGUAGACAAUGUACAGCAGGGCUCUCAAUUAUUUUCAAAAGUUUGGUGUGAGAUUACCAUACCUGGUAAUCUCAUACAUUUGGGUACAAAAAUCCAGGAGACCGGGGGGAGGGGGGAUGUUUCUGAUUGGCUGGUAGGUGGCAUUUAACUCUGUAUAACUAGAGACAACUAUCAACUUGGCGAAAAACUUCCCUCAGUAUGCCUGCGCCUCGUCCAUUAUUUGUAUAUAGCGGGACAAGUUUUUCCUUACUUCUCAGCGUGAGAAAUACAAGGUGUUGCGUGAGAAAUGGUUGAAAUGCCUGAGUCUCACGGCGAAUGCGUGAAACUUGAGAGCCCUGAUGUACAGUAACAUGAGCCCAGGUACAGCAGCAAAUUCCAAACGCGUGUAAAUAAGUAACACUAUAUUUAAAUACUGAUCAUAAUCCCAUUUGAACAUUAAUAGAUACAGCUGUAUUUAUCCCUGCUGUCAGUAUAUACUGUAGCUUCAAUUGACAGCAUUAUGUACAUAGGUCACCUUUUAGUAUUAUUUCACAUUGAAAAGUAGAGGGCGUUUGUGAUGGAAAUGACUAUUGAGCUUUUAAUAGAGUUUCUUUCUAGUUUUGUACGGAGGAAGGAUGAUAGGGCUAACGGUACAGUAGUGACAGUCCACUUAUUUUAAAAUAAAGUUUGAUAUAUAAAGCUGCUAGAUACAAUCACUAAUUUUAUUGUGUUGAGAGAGUAUGAGAGAGAGAAUCUAUGAAAGACUGUUAAAACAAUACUUAGUUCUCAGACGGCAUAGAACAGUGUGUAUGUGUGUGUGUGCGCUUGCUGGUGCGUGCGUAUGUGUGUGCAUGUGUGUUGGUCCAUCUCUAUGUAAUCUUCUCCUGUUGUAAUUGGAUUGCCCUGUGCAAGGCAAGCUGAACCAAGGUUUGAUGAACUUGAUUAAAACUUGCUGGCUGAGAUGCAAAAUGUAUACAUUUAUACAAGUUUAGAGAGAUACUGAAAUAACACAUUUCAUUCUGCAUUAACCAGCACAGUGCAACUUGCUGUCGUGUACUGUAUUAUAUAUGCAACCUGUCUGUCUGCUUAAUUUAAUUUAAUUGUUUAUUUUUUUUACCCGCCAGUUAACUUGGAUACAUAAGACUUCAGUUUUAACCACUUUGCUGCUAGUCUUUUAUCCUCUUUUGAUCUCGGAAAUUGUGCAUAUCUGUGGAAUGCAUACAAUGUACAUUCUUGACUUUGUCUAGGUGAAAAGAAAUGCCUAUAUAAAAAAAACGUUUUUUCAGUGUAUUGUUUAAAGAAAAAAAAGAUGACUUCUUUUCACAGCAGUUAAGUGGUUACUUUUCUCCGAUGCUUUUGGUGCACUGAUGAUGUACGUAGGCUUAUUUUCAUCUUAAAGCGCUUGAUGAUGUAACAUUUGUGAUUAGUUAUAAAUAGUGGAAAACAUUUGUGUUUUUUGAAAAUUGCAGUAUAAAUGGUACUCUAAUUCUUCUGUAAACACUGCCCGUUCCCUUUCAUGCAUCUUUUCUUUCAGUUUCUUAGUGCCAUCAACUUCACACAUCCUGACAACCUCGAAAAAGUGCCUCACGCCCCUCAUCGUUUCCAUUUAAGACUUAACAGCUCUUGUUCUGGUUGUGUUGGUUUAUAUACGUCUAGGUAUUUCUAUCAUGGUUUGAGAAUACCAAGUAUAUGAUGUAAAAUGUAUAGUUCAAUAACUCAUGUCAUAGUUGUAUUUUCUUUAUACAGAUGUAGCUUGUUACUUUUCAUAAAUAUAUAAUGUAAAUAUGCAUACAUAUGUUUGUAACUGUUUUUAUGUUACAUCAUACACUUGUAAUUUGACAUAUCAAAUAACAUUAUCAUAAUAAAAUGGUGAGUUUUA